AUGGAGCAUAAAGAAAAGUUUGUGGUUUCUUACAUUUAUGCCAAAUGCAGAGAGCAGCUGGGAAGACCUCUCUGGGACAGAUUGUUCCGCUUUUCUAACAUGGAUAUCCCUUGGUGUACCAUAGGGGAUUUUAAUGUUAUUACAUCUACUGAGGAAAAGGCAGCAGAGGCUAGAGUGUGGAAAAGGCUGGACAGAGCUAUGGUCAAUGAUAAGUGGCUGGAUCUCAUGCCCCAAACUACCAUUACUCACCUCCCUUCUGUUGGUUCUGAUCAUUGUCCACUACUCAUGGAAAUGGAAAAGAAGAUCUCUGGGAAUCCUAUGUGGAGACUACAGCAGAAGAUGAAAUUAUUAGCUUCCACUUUGAGUACUUGGUCCAAGAAGGAAUAUGGCAAUAUUUUUUCUAAUGUUGUUAAUUUUGAGGAGCAAGUCAAAGCUGCUGAAGAAGAUGUCAUACAACAAAACACUGAAGAAAAUAGAACCAAGCUUCAUAUUAUCAAUGCUCAAUAUAUCAAGUAUAUUAAAUUGGAAGCUUCCAUCCUCAAACAGAAAACUCAACUCCAAUGGUUCAAGGAGGGAAAUACUAAUUCUAAAUAUUUCCACUCCAUAAUGAGGGGUAGGAGGAGAAAGCUAUUCAUCCACAACAUUUGUACUGCUAAAGAUGCUUGGAUACAAGGAGACUGA